ACUCUGCCAGCUCAGCUGACAACAGCAGCAGCUCUGCAGCCAGAUGAUGAUGGCAGACUCUGGAAGUAACGAAGAAGUAGCUGUGAUCGGUAACACCGACAUCACUUCAACAGAAUCCGAGAACAACAUUAUUAACACGAUGGUGGAAAGAGGGACACCUCUGUUGAGAAAAAUGGAGAUAAAUGUGGCGGAGGCAGAGAAAAGAACAGGGAAGAACACGGUUAACAUGCAGGAAACCUAUACUGUCUACCUCAUAGAAAUACGACCAGCUGAAACUGUUCCAGAGGGGGGUACGCCUGCCACACCGGACGCUUUGUGGAGACGCUACAGUGAGUUUGAGUUGCUCAGAACAUUCCUCCUGGUCACCUACCCCUACAUCAUCAUCCCUCCACUACCGGAGAAAAGGGCAGAGUUUGUGUGGCACAAGCUGUCAGCAGACAACCUUGACCCAGACUUUGUUGAGCGACGGAGAGUCGGCCUGGAAAACUUCUUGCUGCGUGUUGCAUCACAUCUUGUCCUUUCCAAUGACAAAAUCUUCUUCCUCUUUCUGACAGAGGAGAAGGGAUGGAGGGAGGCGGUUUUGGAGACAGGCUUCCAAGAUAAGGUUGACUCCAGACUAAAGUCUCUGAGUGCCAUGUUCAGAGUCAAGAACCCUGACAAGCGAUUCACAGAAAUGAAACACUACAGUGAUGAACUGAACACUGUCAUCUCUCAGUUACUGAGGGUGCGGGCGAAAGUAGCAGACAGGCUGUAUGGAGUUUACAAGGUCCACGGUAACUACGGCAGAGUCUUUAGUGAGUGGAGUGCUAUUGAAAAAGAGAUGGGAGACGGACUACAGAGUGCUGGCCACCACAUGGACACGUAUGCUGCAUCAAUAGAUGAUAUUCUAGAGGAAGAAGAACACUAUGCAGACCAGCUGAAAGAAUACCUGUUCUACACUGAUGCUGUCAGAUCAGUAUGUAGGAAACAUGAGUUGAUCCAGUAUGAAUUGGAGACGCUAGCUCAGGACCUCGUCUAUAAGAAACAGCAGAAAGAAGAGCUGGCUACUGGGACCGUACGUGUCUUUUCUCUGAAGGGGAUGACCAGUAAACUGUUUGGCACAGAGAGCCAGGAGCAGAGGGAGAGCAGGUUGGCAGCCCUGGAGCAGAGUAUCCGGGAGGGAGAGGAAACGCUUAAGGAGAAGAACACAGAGUGCCAACAGUUUGUGGGAACAGCCUGGGAAGACAUUGAGCGUUUUAAGGAGCAGAAGGACAAAGAUUUGCGUGAAGCACUAAUCAGCUAUGCCAUUAUGCAGAUCAGCAUGUGUAAGAAGGGAAUCCAGGUGUGGUCCAACGCCAAGGAGUGUUUCAACAAAAUGUGAGCCAGUCUCCAGCCAAUCACCAGAACAAUAGUCGAUCCGAUUGUUCAGAGUGAGACCAACAGCCAAAUUCUUAAACUGCAGUCUUAUGGAGAUGGACCAUGGGUGCCUAAAUACUGCCCUCACUUUGUUUGCUACACUGAAUGAUUCUUUUUCAUUCUUUUUUUCCUCACACACACAUUUUUAAUUUAGAAUAAGUUUCCAUGUCAGUCAUUUGGUGUUUUAAAUCCAAGUGUCUUAACGCUACAAUUCUCUUGCCAUUCAGCUGAUGUGGCUUUCAUACUGCACAUGAUCCAAAUUUCCAAAAACUUCUUCCUCCUUGUUGCACAACUGACAGCAUGACCAAGAGGAAAAUCCUGCACUAAUAAUGCAUAAUAGUUGCACAUUGGGAAUGGCUGUGCAAUGUAUUUUGGUUGUAACAUUUAGUUAGCCUGACAAUAAGGAAACUAGUCAUGAGAAGCUGUACAUUUCAGUCAGUGGCUCAUUUGACUGUUAGGGUUACCUGCCUUUGAGAAAUUGAAACAAACUGUUUUGUGCCUUUCCAAGUUUUACUUUUAUAGAUUAUGACACUUUUAAAGACAUUAAUUGUCACUCCACUAAAGGAUUUAACUUUUACUUUAGAAAUUAGCCUGUCAUCUUGGCUGAAGUCUGCAAAUAUAAGAAUAUUCUCUCUGCAAGAGCAUCUAUAAACUGUGUCCCCAGGCCUCCCUCUUGUGUUAGAUCUGUGCAUUGAAAUGAAAGGGCAGAUGUUUGGGAAUCAGUCUGAGAAUCAGCCUCAAUUAAGAGAUCUAAUCUUUUGUAUUUAAUAAAAAUGUCAGAUGGAUCAAUCGGAAACAAGAAGUCAGAAUUGUAAGGAACACGGAACACACUUCAGGAAGUAAUUACACAUUCGCUUUCUUUUCUUCUUUUUCCUGAAAUUCCUUUUGAUACACUUCAUGCGGAAGUCAGUCUUUAUGUUGUUAUUGAUCGACAACCAACCAAAGUGCCUAUGACCAAGUACUAGUCUGUAUAUUACAGAUCACACGGGGAGCACAGGAGAAGGGUUAACAAGCUGUGGGUAGUUUUUGAUAUUGAUAUUGAUUCUUUUUUUUUCUUUUAUGCCAAAAGCAAAGAACCAUGAGUAAGAUACAGUCAUGAAGGCAUCACAGUGUUGGUUACAGUGGAGCUUCUUUUUCUUUAAGUCUUUAAUGGAGGCUUUUUUUGAUGACUGAAACAGGCACCCACACAAACUGCUUUUGUACAACAGGGGAGGGAAAAUAAUGUAUUUUUGCCCUCUGCCGGCUGUCAAUGUGCCUCACCCCUUUUUCUGAUGUAAAGUUACUGCACUAAAUAAUAGACGUGAGUUCCAAGCAUGCCUCAAGUAAAUGUUUAAAUAGUGGAAACCUUUAACUACCGAGAAGUCACAUUUUGGCUCAAUACAUAUGUUAUACACAAUACAUGUGCUAUGGUUGCUUCUUUAACGAUAUCCACCUGAGCACAGAUUUGUGCAAAAUGGUCAUGUAAAAGUUGUGCAAAAGAUUAUUUUCCAUCAACUAACCCUUUCAGAAUAAAUCAUCAAUUUACUUAAAUAAUCCCAAAUUGAGGCUUUGUUUUUGAUAUGUUUUAUAAUAAACAUGUUUAAUGAGAGAUUGUUUUUAUGCUUAUGUAAUCAUUGUGCUGAGACACUAAUAAACAUAUUUCUUUUUUAAAACUA